GCCGCCGGCGCCGCCUCCCCGCCCCUCCGCCAUGGCCGAUGUGGAGGACGGGGACGAGCCGGGCGCCCCCCACUCGCACCCGGGCUCUGCGGGCUCCAAGGCGGGCGCCCCCGACAAGAUGUUCUCGCUGAAGAAGUGGAACGCGGUGGCCAUGUGGAGCUGGGAUGUGGAGUGCGACACCUGCGCCAUUUGCCGGGUGCAGGUUAUGGAUGCCUGUCUUAGAUGUCAAGCUGAAAACAAACAAGAAGAUUGUGUUGUGGUUUGGGGAGAAUGCAAUCAUUCCUUCCACAAUUGCUGCAUGUCCUUGUGGGUGAAACAGAAUAAUCGCUGUCCCCUCUGCCAACAGGACUGGGUAGUGCAGAGAAUAGGCAAAUAAAAACACUGGAAGUUGUUUUUUUUCCUGUUGAAUUUGUUGAAAUAGUGUAUGUCUUAUGCCAUAUGCUCACACAAAAAAAUGGAACAUGUCAAUCAUGGCAUGAUUGAUUUAAUUUAUCUGCUACAAGAUCAGUGUGGGUUUUGUUGUAUGGUCUUUGCUGUACAAUGAGGCAGUGGUCAGUCUUACUGCAGAUACUUCCACAACUGAAAAAAGAGAGACACUACCUUAACAAGUGUAUCUGUUACAAUUUGAGUGUUAACUCUAUCAGAGCAUAGAAAUGUGGUGGUGCAGAUUAUACCCUAAAUACAGUUUAUUUAAUGUUUUUGCAUAGAUAAAUUAAUUUGAAAGGGUGACCUCACCUAUAAGUCUGAUAUGCUGCAUAGUUUACUGUCAGGGUAGAGAAAUUGUUUUCUAAGUAAUACUGUAUACAGAAAUACAGUUGGUGAAUUUUUUAGAAAAUACUCUGGUUUUUAAUCUAAAAUAAAUAGUGUGUAAAGCAUUUGCUAUGUGCUUUUUCCAUCACACUAUACUAAACAUUUCUGAUUUAGGUUUUUGUUUAUGACAUCAGGAAAUUUUGUUUUGUUGUAUCUUUAGGUCUGUUGAUGUACUGUAUUCUAUACAUAAUUUCUACAAUCAUAGUAUUAAAAUUUAACCACAAUAUUUUUUUAAUUUAUAUUUCUGUUAAAGUUCAGAGACAGACGUGUUUUUAAUCCACAGACUUUUGGUACAAAUACACGUAUUAGAUAUCAGUUAGCUAGGGGCAUAAACAAUCUCACUGGUUAGCUAAUAUAGAAAGCUAACAAAACUAAUAAUUUAAAUUCAGUUAAUAGAAAUUUCUUUUUUAUUCUAUUGGUUACAGUGUUUUGGAAGUGAGAAAUCAUUGUUUAAUUUUUGUGGAAAUCCUCAAUAUGGAAUCUUUUUUUUAUAUUAAUUGUAACACACACCCCCACACACCCCCAAAGUAUUUAAGUGCUUGACUCUGACUUUCUAGUUUUAUUCAAUAUCCAAAGUAAUUACUAUUAAUCUGAACAUAUGCUGUGGGGGUUUUUUAAUAUAUGUGAUAAAGACAUUGAAUGACUGCUUUAAGUCUGUAACAAAUUCAGGCUUAAUAAAAUGGGUGAAAUUGAAGCAAUAUUAUAUGCAUAUAAUUGUUUACUUCAAAAUGACCAUCUUAAAUGAUUAAGAUUAAUGCAUUUCUCAGAUGUAUUUCUAUCUAGUUCUGUUUAAGUAUAUUUAAAGAGUUUUAUCUUCACUGUAUAAAGUAGUUCCAGUGUCAAUCUUUCUGUCAUCAAGCAUACAUGCAGCAUUUACUGUGUUUUUGUUUAAUACUUGUAAUCUUGUUUUUAAAAUGCUUUGAAUUUUUUAAAUACAGCUUUUGUCUCAUUACACGCUGAGAUCAAAAAAAUCCUCUGUCACUGUUACAAUUUAUCACGUCGGUUGUUAUUAUCCCAGAUGAUGUCUGUCUUUAAAAUAGAAAACAAAUAUAAAAUACGUUAACAGUA